AUGAAGACCACCUUCGCCCUCGUCGGCGCCUACGCCGCUCUCGCCUCCGCCUUCACCCCUGGUCGACACCUGCACUUCCCUCGCAGCAAUGGCACUACCACGACAGCCGCGCCCUCCCCCCAGGGCCCUCUCACCACACUGACUGUCAAGGAAACUCGUACCUCGACCAUCAUCAGCUGUUCUUCCACCGUCACCAACUGCCCCGCUGGCUCCGGCAUCACUGCUGUUCCUGAGAGCGACCGCGAGACCAAGAUUGUCACUCAGACCCACAAGUCCGAUUCCUCCCUUCUCCCCGGCAAGACGAAGGUUCCUGUCCAGACCACCGACAUCGUUAUCACCAAGACCAUUACCCUGACCAAGGGCACCGGCGACAACAAGACUCUUGUCCCUUCUGUCAUCACUUCAACCAUUAAGUCUACCAUCAGCCCUCCUGCUGCCGGUUCCAAGCCCAGCGAUGCGACUGUCACCACCACUGCCACUUCGACCUCGACUAAGACCGUUACCAUCACUCGCGCCAAGGCCACCCCCACCGGCACCAGCCCUGCCAACGGCAACGGCGGUGAUAAUGGCAACGAGAAGUGCGUCUCGGGAGCUGCUCCCGCCACCGUGACCGUCACUGUUGCCCAGACCACUGUUACUGCCUCUGCUUCCACCGUCACCGUGACUGCUUCUUGCGAGGCUUCCGCUGCCCCUGGCGACAGCAAGAAGAAGGUCGACAACAAGCCCGGUGACAACAAGCCCGUUAACAACGGCAUCAAGCCCGUUGACAACGGCAGCAAGCCCAGCAAGCCCGCCGACGCCGAGGCCACCCCCUGCGAGACUGAUGGUACCACCACCAUCGAGGCCACUGUCACCGUUGUCCCCUAUCCCGCCAACAACAGCACCAUUGUCACUGCCACUGGUGCCCCAGGUCCUUCUGGCUUUGCCCGCCUCCGCCGCUAA